UAUCGCUAGGGAUUUAAACAAAAAUUGCAGUUUAGCAUUUAAAGUGCAGUAUAUCAAUAGUUGCGUGGAACGUUAUGGCUGAACUGUAACCGGCCGAGCUUGUGGGCAAUUAGCGCUGCAGACUUUGUGACGUCAGACAGCAAAGUUCAAAGCUUUGUGACGUCACAACGUUGGCUCGUCACGUUUGAUUGAUUAAACUUACCUACAUACAUCUUUUUCGUAUGUUGAAUAUUUUAUUCCUUAGCGAUAAAACAGAGUUUUAGUUCACAAUUUACUGCAGUUCUGAUGGAUUUGUCCAUCUCAUACGAGUGUCGAUUACGAUACGAAUCGAUUCGUAACUAAUCGUACUAAGCCUACCGAUCUCAACAUUUAAUAUCGACGCUGUCAAUAUACACUUUUUUGUCUACUACAAAUGUUUCCUGUAGAUAUCGAUUAUUUACUCGAUAUUAAUUCGAUUGCGUAUUCAACAAUAAAAACGAUAACCGACGUUAACAGAAUUGUUUACUUCCCACACGGGGAAGUGAGGUAAUUUUAAUUUUAAUGAUUUUGUUCAUAGAAGUGGAAGGAAGCAACUUACCGACAAUAUUGCGAUAAUCUAUUUUAUUCGUUAUUCUGGUUUGUAUCGUUGAAGAGAGUUGUACAAAAUGAAUCGUUUAGUGUAUACGUUAAUACUAAUCUCGAUUGAUUAUACAGAGUGUUUACAAUACGAUAGAUUUAGUGGAGAAACGGUCGAUGGUGAAAGAUUGAAGGAGCUUCGACUAUCAAAUGCGACAUCAAUUUGUACGAUAUACAUUAAACCGUGUGUUCCCCACGAAGGCAGUAGAAUUGACGGUACUUGUAAUAAUUAUAAAUAUCCAUCAUUGGGUGCUGCUAAGGGACCUUACGCAAGACUGUUGAAACCUGACUAUGCUGAAAAUGGUGAUGUAAGACUCAGUAAGAAUGGGAAACCGCUACCCUCAGCGAGGCAGGUCCGGACAUUCCUGCAGAGUACGGGUCGUGUCACCGACAAGAUUACAUUCAAUGUCGCCGCUGUUCACUAUUUAGAUUUUAUCAACAGAGAUGUCAGCGUUUUAUUUGAACCAAUUGAUUAUCUCACAAAGGGGAAGGAUUGUUGCCAUCAAACGGAGGCAAAGGACCCUCGCUGCAUGCCGAUAGAAGUACCAGACAAUGACCCUUACCUUAAAGUUACAGACAUACGAUGUCUCAAUUUUUCUCGUGCGGAAACAUUUCAAGACAUCGGUUGUCUCUCAGAGACAAUGCUACCUGAACAUAUUAACUUACAAACGCCGCUAAUAGAUUUAUCAACAAUCUACGGAGUUGAUGAGCGAUCAAUGAAUUUAGUAAGAAAAUGGGAAAAUGGUCUUUUAUUAAUGGAAGAAAGAAAAGGACGUAAUGUGCCUCUUGUAAACCUAACCAAAAAGUUAUGUAUUCAGAAUGUGGGGAAUGAAACCAACUGUUAUACCUUUGGUUUUCCAGAGGUUGGUAAUUUCGAUUUAAGAACGACCAGUUUUACCAUAUUUUUCAUGAGGGAACAUAAUCGUAUUGCUAAAAUUCUACACGAAUUAAAUCCAUGCUGGAAGGACGACCGGCUUUUUAAAGUCGCCCGUCAAAUAAAUGUGGCGACAGCGACCAAUAUAUUCUUGUACGAGCUUCUACCGCUCUUGUUAGAUAGAAGAAAUAUGAUUAGUUAUGGGUUAAUAUCUAAUCGGAAGUCUCAAGUGAGUGCGUACGAUGAAACCGCGAUACCUCUGGUCUUCGCGGAGUACGAGAUUGCGACAAGAUUCUUUCAUACAUUAAUUGAUGGAAGAAUAAAGAAAUACGAUAAGAAUUACAACUAUGUAGAUGAAUUAACCUACAGUGAUAGUCUAUUCAGACAAGACCUUUUAGAACAGAAUGGAAAUUUUGAAGAAAUAAAUCGCGGUACUUUCUAUCAGAAUGCUGCUAAAAUGGACGAUAUUCAGGAUCCAGAGAUUUCUGAACGUUACUUCGGUAAUUUACAAAAGGCUUACGACCAAACGGCAAGUGAUAUACAAAGAAGCAGGGAUUUAGGUAUGAGAGGGUACAAUGAAUACAGAAAUAUAUGCGGUUUGAAAACGGCAAAGACUUUUGAAGAUUUCGCGGAUGUUAUCGAUAUAGAGAAAGUGGAACUAUUAAAGCAUUUAUAUGAAGACGUAGAUGAUGUUGACUUGCUGGCUGGUAUAAUGAGUGAAAAUUACAUUAAAAAUACAUUUGUUGGACCGACAUUAUUUUGUAUAAUGGCGCGACAAAUGAACGUAUACAGAUUUGGAGAUAGAUAUUGGUUUGAAAGGGGAGAUCAAUAUCAUAGUUUUACACCACGCCAAUUACAAGAGAUCAAGAAAACGAAUUUAGCUCGCCUCGCGUGUGAUAAUGCUGAGGGGAUCAAAUACAUACAACCGCAGGCUUUUCUCAACGUACAGACAUACAAUGCCCCAGUGUCCUGUUCCCGAAUACCGGGCGCGGAUCUAACAAGUUGGUACGACAAAAAUUGUUACAAGACUGAAGACAAAUCUAUUGAAUUUGGCCGUGAAAAAUCUAAUGAAUUUUACAUACAUGUCACGUAAUAUUUGUGUUUUUAAUUAUGGUGAUUGUAAGUGUUGUUAUAAUAGACAUCUGAUUUUACAACAUACUUAUUUU